CCGAAAGCAGGAUCGACGGGCAGAUACCCCAGCCCAGAGCAAAGGGGGUUCCAGCAGCCCGGAGUCCUGUUCCCGGCCCUCUUGCAAUCCUCCGGAAGCCAAAGAGCGUGAGUCCCCAUCCCCUGCAGCCAUGCAGCCUGUCCAGCUGCCCAGCCUGGCCUUGACUCCACCGGAAGGAGAUGCUCUUUGCCCAUCCUGGCUGCACCCUGGCUUCCUGCUCACAGGAAGUGAGCAACCCCACUUCCUGUGCUAGUUAGUGCCUGAUUCUCUGGGUGGGACACCCUCAGCCCCGUUCUCUGGUACAGUGGUGUCUGCCUGACUGCCUCCUGUAACCCCAACUUGUAAGCCAUCAAUCAAUUUUAUGUUGUUUUCUUGCCCCUUGGGGGGCGGGAGGGGGAACCUCCUGGCUCUUCGACAUGCCUCUUUGCCUAACAUUGGCUGUUCUUGACUUGAUGAGAAGCUACACCGCGUGGGGGCCUCCCCACUCCCCCAGCAGGGACUGCAGAAGGGUUGGGAGUGUGCUAGGCCAAUCAGAAUAUAGAAGGCAGAGGACUUUAGGGACAGGGAGGUGGAAUUCUGGCUGGGGAGGUGUAGGGUGGGUCCUCUGCCUCCCGUGGCUGCGUGGCAUGUCUGACCUCCAGAGCUCAGCCCCCCCCACUUUUCUCCUCAGUGCUGACAAGAUGUCAAUAAACUUAUUUUCGUACAAUUAA